UGAAGCCGCUAAUGUGGGUUAAUAUGAAAAUGCAAUUCUUGUUUUAUGCAUUACUCACGCUCACAUUUGGAUUCUGUUAAAGUGAGAUUUGUUUCAUGGAUUUAUUUCCAGUUUGCAGUGACCAAUUGAAGAUUGAGGUAAAGACUGUGACUGCUGGACAAAAUGUGACCCUAAACUGUCCUCGCCAGACCUCCGCUCUCUACCGAGAAACUUUUUACUGGAUCCAACUUGUUUCUGGAAACUGGCCUGAAUUUCUUGGAGCAACAGCUAAUUUCAAGACUGACGAUGUUUCCAAGAUUCCUCAUGUUCAGACCAAACAAGAGGAAGGAGAAUUUCAUCUUCAUAUUAAUGAAGCUAAGCGAAACGACACUGGACUUUACUACUGUAUUAAAGUCAGACAACUUGACUUCAUAUUUAUGAAAGGAACACUUUUGAAAAUUAAAGGUCAGGAAUCAGAAAUCAUUGACAUCAUUCAGGAUCCUCCAUCUGGCUCACUCAAUGCAGAAAACUCAGACACUCUGCAGUGUUCAGUUCUCUCAGACUCUGAGAAGAAAUCAUGUCCAGCUGAUAACAGGGUGUACUGGUUCAAAGCUGGAUCAGAUAAUUCUCCUCCCAGUUUACUUUAUCUACAAGGAAUCAGUGGAGAUGAGUGUGAAAGCAGUCCUAAAGCUCCGUCGGCACAGAAAUGUUUCUACAAUUUUUCAGAGAACUCUGACAGUGGGAUUUAUCACUGCGCUGUGGCUGCAUGUGGACAGAUAUUAUUUGGAAACGGAGCAAAACUUGGGGGUGCCAACUCUAUGGAUUUUUCCAAAAUAUUUCUUCCUUUAUUGUGCUCGGCUUUAGUUAUAAGUCUUGUUGUAAUAUCUUGGCUCAUUUAUAAAAUCAAGAAGAAAAAGUGUGGCUGUUGCAAUGGUCCGGCAACAAGUGGUGGUGACAACCCAAGUCAGAGUGAAGAAAACCAUUUGGUUUAUUCUGCACCAACAUUCAACAAGAACAAAGCUAAAAAAGGAGAAAGAAGGAACGUAAGAACAGCGCAGGAGGAGACGGUCUACACUGACGUUAAAACAUUUCGAUAGAUUUAUAAGUUGUUGCUUCUCAUUCUUAAAACCAAUAGUACAAAUAUUCAUGAAUAAAUCUGUAUUUUGUGUAAUUCAUACACUAAGUUUCAUGCAAGCUGAUGUACUGUAGGUUGAUUGUUUAUUUUACUUAGGAUUUUUAAAAUGAAGUCCUAAAUUGAAUUUUCUUUUGUAAAGAAAAUUUUAUUGAGUGCAUCAGAAGUUAUAGAAACAACAGAUUCAUAUAUAUGAAAAAAAAUAUCAAAUUUUGCAGCUGCAUUUAGGAGUAAUUUUUUUGUCUUGUAUGUUUCCCCCUCUGUUUUUCAUAAAACAUCUAAAUUACUUGAAAACUGACUUGGCCUCAUCUCCAAAUUCCUCUUAAAUAAAUGUGGUUUUUCAGUUCUCACAAUUCGCAUUGAACUGUGACAUCGUGUCAUUUUAUUGACUCUAUUCUUGUCAUAAAUUUUUUUCUUUUACCUUGCUUUCGGUAGUUCAUUUGUUUUCAUUAUCCAUUCAUCCUUUCCUAUAUAGUCAGAUGAGUUUUACUAGUGAGUUUGUUAAUUGAAGUAUUUUACUG